GGAGGCAAAGGUGAGCAGGCUGUGGGCCCAGCUGGUCACUCCUGGGGCCUCGGCUGGCUGUUUGUUUCACAGAAGAGAAACUUCUCCAUUGGUGCCUGGUCUCAGAGGUUCCCAGCACUGAUUGCUGGCUUCUGUCGUAUCCUGGGACCAAACUUUCCUCUGGGACUGGCUGAAAGCUGAUUUGGGCUCACCAUUUUCCGUUAAUCUUUAAUGCUAAGUUAUUGGGGGAAAAUGUAGAUGAGUAUAUGACAGGUGUCUUCUGAUUGUCAGCUAACAACAAUUGCUGGGCUCUGCAGAAUUUACAGACCAAGGGGGCCGGAGAAGGGCAGGCAGAGGAUUCCGAAGAUCUUGAGUUUGCAGUGCUGACAGAUUUGCUGUUUUACAAUGGAUCCUUCUGCAAGUCCUAGCCUCCAGACCUCGACACCCAAUGGAAAUAUCAACUUGGGACCUUCAGCAAAUCCAAAUGCCAGGCCAACAGACUUUGACUUCCUGAAAGUGAUUGGAAAAGGGAGCUAUGGAAAAGUUCUCUUGGCCAAACGCAAGUGUGAUGGGAAAUUUUACGCUGUAAAAGUCUUACAGAAGAAAUCCAUCUUGAAAAAGAAAGAGCAAAAUCACAUCAUGGCAGAGCGCAACGUGCUCCUAAAGAAUGUGACACAUCCUUUCCUGGUGGGCCUCCACUACUCCUUUCAGACUUCAGAGAAGCUCUAUUUUGUCCUAGACUACGUCAAUGGAGGAGAGCUCUUCUUCCAUUUGCAGCGGGAGCACUGUUUCCUAGAACCUCGAGCUCGAUUCUAUGCUGCCGAGGUGGCCAGUGCUAUUGGCUACCUGCAUUCUCUCAACAUCAUUUACAGGGACUUGAAACCCGAGAACAUUCUCUUGGAUUACCAGGGCCAUGUUGUGUUGACUGAUUUUGGGCUUUGUAAAGAAGGAAUGAAGCCAGAAGAAACCACAUCCACUUUCUGUGGCACCCCUGAGUAUUUGGCUCCUGAAGUAUUAAGAAAACAACCUUAUGACCGAACAGUAGACUGGUGGUGUUUGGGGGCUGUUCUUUAUGAAAUGCUCUGUGGCUUGCCACCUUUCUACAGCCGAGAUGUUUCUGAAAUGUAUGAGAACAUCCUUCACAAGCCUCUCCAGAUCCAGGGGGGCAAGACGGUGGCAGCCUGUGACCUCCUGCAUGGCCUUCUCCAAAAGGACCAGAAGAAAAGACUGGGUGCCAAAGCAGACUUUCUUGAGAUAAAGAAUCAUGUCUUCUUCAGCCCAAUAAACUGGGAUGACUUAUACCACAAGAGACUCACUCCUCCUUUCAAUCCAAAUGUGGUGGGGCCUGCUGACUUAAGACACUUCGAUCCAGAAUUUACUAAAGAAGCAAUUUCCAGUUCUAUUGGAUGUACACCAGAUUUGACAGCCAGCAGCUCUGGGGCUUCCAGCGCAUUUUUAGGUUUUUCUUAUGCACCUGGGGAUGAGAAUUUUUAAAACUGCUAAUAAGCCCAGGCAUCAUUUCUAAAGAGGUGCUUGUGUUACUUAUCUUUUGAGUCAAAUUGUACUGUCCUAAGGUGGAAGAUGUGAUGAGUAUAACUGUACAUGUCCCAAUUAUCUCAUGCUGACCAUACAGCAUUCUUAGGUGCUACAUCAGAAUGAUAUUCAUCUUAUGGGAUAAAACUUAACAGGAAGGAGGGAACAGAGGAAGAAAAAGAGAAAGGAAGCAAAGAAGGAAAAGAGGGUAAGGUGGGGUAGUAUGGUCUACUAAAAAUUGACCCUACCUGAGUUGUGGUGGCAUGAUCUAUAUUGUCCAUUUUAGAAACUUACCUUUGUCAGUUCCCCUAAUGGUGGUUAGGUACUGGAAGACUGAUGCAUAAGACACUCAUUUAUAAACCAGAAAACCAAUUUAUUAAUAUACAAUGGAAGAUAUAUCUGGCCUCAAAACCAGUAAUGGUUAUUUUUACAAGGUAUCUUUAAAUGAGUGAAUUCAAAGAAUCUUGAAAUAAUUUGGCAUUAUUCAAAUUAUUCAAAGGUCAUUAUCUUUUGACCCAGUAAUCCCAUUAUUAGGCAUAUAAACCCAAGGAGACCAAUGACAGAAAACAUAGCAGCAUUUUUUGUAGUAGCAAACUGGAAAUGAGAUGGGUGCUGAUUUAUUGUGGAGUAGCAGCACAAAUUGUGAUAUGUGAAUAUAGUGGAAUACUACAUUUAAGAAGCAAUGAAUAUGAAGGAUUCAGAGAAACUUAGAAAGACUUUUAAGAACUGAUAUGAUCAAAAUAAGUCGAACCAAGAGAACACUACACACAAUGACCAUAACAACAUAAAUGAAAAUAACCCUUAAAGACAUCAGGACUGAAGACAAUGAAAAGACUAGUUUGUGACUCCAGAAGACUGUUUAUGAAAUAUCUCUCUCUUCUCUCAGUUGAGAUAUGGUGGAAACAGGUGUGGAAUGAGGCCUACCUGUCUACAGAGUCAAUGUGUCAGCUGUUUUGCU